AUGGCAUCCGAAAAAGGGGACGUUUCGGUCGAUGUGAACGGAGACAUCGACAUCGAUAAGGUGGUUAAUGAAGAAUUAGCGGCCAAGGAGAACGCCACUGCCACCGAGAAUCUUUCCAAGCGCAGACCCAAGAAAAUCAACAGGCAGAAUUCCAGGGAGGGAGCCGUACCAACGGGCUUCGUUCAAGGACCGAGGUCUUGGAAGAACAGUCGCAGGUCCCGAAACGGUUACGGCAGAGGCCUCCCCAAGAAGAAGGGGGCGGGCGGUAAGGGCGUUUGGGGCCUGCCCGGCUCCGAGCUGUUGGAAACCUACGAGGACGUGGACGAUCCCAAUUUCGACGCGGAAAACAUGAGCAACGGUGAUAUCGAACUGAAAGCGGUCGUACCUGAAGUUUCUAACGAUGAAAUACGAAAGAAACUGGAGCCCAUUGUACUCGAAUAUUUCGAGAACGGCGACACACACGAAGCCAUGCUCUCUAUCGAAGAGCAAAUACCUCUCAAUCGCAGGGAUUCUUUGGUCGAGCAGUUGAUCGAAAUUGCCAUGGAUCAUAAACCCUCUCACAGGGAGAUGACGUCGGUAUUGAUUUCCGAUUUGUUCCCUUACACGAUAAACGAAUCUGACAUCAGCAAAGCCUUUGAGAAUUUGCUGGCCAAUUUGAACGAUUUGAUUCUGGAUAUUCCGGACGCCCCGACGGUCUUAGGCAACUUCAUCGCCCGUGCCAUCGCCGAUGAUUGCAUUCCCCCCAAAUUCUUAAUCUCCACCAAGGAGAAGAGCGACAAUAAGGACUUCCAAGAGGCUCUCAGCAGAGCGGACAUUUUACUUUCUAUGAAACACGGCCUAGUGAGAUUGCACAACGUUUGGGGAGUCGGUGGAGCUCUGCGACCGGUGAAGGCCCUGACUCGCCAGAUGUACUUGCUGCUGCAGGAGUUUCUAUCGUCCAGUGACAUAAACGAGGCCAGCCGUUGUCUGAGAGGCUUGGAAGUACCGCACUUCCAUCACGAGCUCGUCUACGAAGCGAUCGUAAUGGCAAUGGAGGCGAACAGCGCCGUCAAAGAGGAGUCGCUGUGCAACCUGCUGAAGGCCUUCUCGGACGCCAUACUGAUCACUCCGGAUCAGAUGGAACGCGGAUUUCUGAGGGUGUUCGACGAUCUUCCAGAUAUUUCCAUGGACGUUCCGUUGGCAUACAUUAUAUUAGAUAGAUUCGUGGAGCGUUGUCAGUCGUUUGGUUUUCUUACGGAGAACGUGAUUAAGAAAAUGCCGUCGCGCGGGCGCAAACGUUUUGUGUCCGAAGGCGACCAGCAAUUCAUCAAGAAUCAUAAAAUUGAUCAUUAA